AUGAUCGAAUAAUUUUAAGUUUAAGGAUCAAAGGAUAAGUAUAUUGUCUAUAAUAAAGUAUUGGGAAAGGGAGCUUAUGGGGUUGUUUUGUUAGCCAAAGCUGUUAUCUUAGGUAGUUAUCAUGCUGCUAAAAUUGUAAUACCUUUUUAAUAACUUCUUAAGAUUAGUAAAAAGUCUCUUUCCUAGACAGACAUUUCCAAUUUAAGAAAUGAAAUUAAUAUAUAAUCCAAACUAACUCAUCCAAAUGUUGUAGCUAUGAUUGAAGCAUUUGAAGACAAUGAAUAUUUAUAUAUGUUACUUGAGUAUUGUAAUGGAGGAUGUCUAUUUACUAAUAUUCAAUUAAGUGGACCUUUAAGAGAGGAUAAAGCAUUAUAAUAUUUUGUAAAAAUUGUUAAGGCAGUUCAAUAUUUACAUUCAAAGAAUGUUUUACAUAGAGACAUAAAGGUAAAAAUAUCAACUAUUAGAGUAGCUAUCAAAUUUACUUUUAACAUCUGAAGAUCAAAUUAAAUUAGCUGAUUUCACUUGGAGUACAUCUCUUUAAGGUGGUUAUGUUAGUCCUCAAAUUUGUGGAACACUUGAAUAUAUGCCACCUGAAGUGAUAGGAAAUAAAGUCUAAAAUGAAAAAUUAGAUAUAUGGAGUUUAGGAAUUGUAUUAUAUGUAUAAAUCAUAAAUAAAUAUAAUAGGAAAUGCUUCAUAAUGAUUUUCCUAAAAUUGGAUCAUUGUUUUUUAAAUUUGGAAUUAGUGAUGAAUGUAAAUUAUUGGUCAAAUAGAUGUUGGAAAAUGAUCCAUAUCGAAGACCUACAACUGCUGAAAUUUUAAUUAGUCCUUGGGUUAGAAGAUUUCAUAGAUAUAAAGAACUUUCUAUUAAUAUCAUUAAAAGUUCAAACAAUUUAUAGGAUCAAAAAGGAAUAAAUUAAUACUCUUUUUAAACAGGUUCACCAUUAGGUUCUCCAUUAAGAGCAGGUUUAGGAACUCCUUAAAUAAAUGGAUUAGGUUCUCCUUUGAGAAAUCAAUUAGGUUCUUCAUUUGGAUUUUCACUUAAUAAUGGUCUUGGAUCUCCACUUGGAUCUCCUAUACAAUCCCCUAUGAAUUCACCUCUUGCAAACAUUGGUAAACGUGUUGCUACCGAACCAACUAGAAUUAGUGCUUAAAAAUUGGUAUGA